AAGUAAUAUCAGUUGAGAUUAAGUUUUACCGUGUUAGCAAGUUUGUAAAAAAUUAGUUCCACAUCUCCUUCCUUCCAAAAUAGGGUUUGGAACCGUAUUAUUCACGUUAUUAUUGUAGAGUCUCAUUUUGGUAACAAAUUAACGUCGGACUAAAACUUUGGAGGUUACGUAAAUGACCACGUCUGGAAUAGUGUCCAAAUAUAGAUGCAUGUGUACUUAUUGUUAGCAUCACUAUAUUCACACCUUUAACUUGUAAGGUGUAACCAGUACACAACCUCUCUUGCAUCUUGUAUACAUAUUUGCUGCUAGCUAGUUAUAUUUUAUUACCCACCAUCACUCUACUUUUAUAACUAGGAAGAUAUGGUGAAAGAUUAUGUUGAUCCGCCUUCAGAUCCGCUGUUUGAUACGGAGGAGCUGAAGAAGUGGUCUUUUUACAGAGCAUUAGUUGCUGAAUUUGUUGCGACGCUUCUGUUCCUCUAUGUUACAGUGGCUACUGUUAUCGGCCACAAGAAGCAAGUUGAUCCCUGUGAGGGCGUUGGACUUCUUGGUAUUGCAUGGGCUUUUGGUGGCAUGAUUUUCGUUCUCGUCUAUUGCACUGCUGGAAUUUCUGGUGGGCAUAUAAACCCAGCAGUGACGUUUGGGCUAUUACUAGCAAGGAAAGUUUCAUUACCGAGAGCGGCAGCGUACAUAGUGGCGCAGUGCUUAGGAGCCAUUUGCGGCGUUGGUUUAGUGAAAGGUGUGAUGAAGAAUGAGUAUAACAGGCAUGGUGGUGGUGCUAAUACCGUCGCAGUUGGCUACUCAAAGGGCGCAGCAUUGGGUGCUGAGAUCAUUGGCACUUUCCUACUCAUGUAUACCGUCUUCUCCGCCACCGACGCCAAAAGCAAAGCACGUGAUUCCCACGUCCCUGUACUAGCACCAUUGCCAAUUGGAUUCUCGGUGUUUAUGGUUCACUUGGCCACCAUUCCCAUUACUGGCACUGGCAUCAAUCCUGCUAGGAGUUUUGGAGCUGCUGUCAUUUACAAUGAUAACACGGUUUGGAAUGACCAGUGGAUCUUCUGGGUUGGACCCAUUCUGGGAGCAAUGGCUGCUGCGAUCUAUCACCAGCAAAUUCUGCGAGGUCACGCUGCAAAAGCUUUGAACUCCUUCAACAGCAAUCCCAGCAACUGAACCAAGUCACAUUACUAAUAUUCAUUCCUGUCUACCCAACAUAAUAAUAGCACUAAAGAAGUAGUGCUUGUAUUCAUUCCUUUUAUUUUUACUUUGUGUGGCUUGUAAAAUAUCCAGCACAACUUGAUUUAUGAAUGGCUUUCAUAUCAAGCUUCAUUCCAA